AUGAUAGGAGUUGAAGAAAAUUUAAAAUAAAAAAGAGAAUUAUUUCGAUUUUAGAUAAGAAAACAGAAUUUGAGAAAGGAAUUUGAAAAAAAAAGAAUUAUUGAUACUAGCAAAAUAGAAGACAAAAAUUUUAAUUCUAAAAAUGAUGAAAUUUUAAAUUAAAUCACUUCUAUUUUUGAAAAAUCUAUAGAUUUAGAAUCUAUAUAAUAAUGUUUGUGUUUAAUUUUAAAACAUUAAAAUACCAAAGAAAUUCUAAAAAAUACUUCAUUUAUGAAGGAUAUCAUAAUAAAAUAAUUUUGCGAACGAUAAUUUAAUGAACAUGUAUAAGAAAAUGAUAUAUAUAUAGACAAUAAUCGAAUAUUUAAGAUAUUUUGAUUGUUAAUUAAUUUUUGAUGAGGUGGCAUAUCUUUAUAUAAAGCAGCAUGAAAAAUAGUUUAUGUAAACUCUCUCUUAGAUACUAACUAUUAAAAAUUAUUAAAAUGUAACAAUAUUUGAGUUGAUCAUUAAUAUCAUUUAAUCCCUAAUAAUGGAUGAUAUGUCUAGUUUCAAAUAUUAUUUAAUAACAGAGGGCUAUGACUUUUUAAUUUAAUUUUAAAGAUUAGUUGAAUAUGAUGAAUUUAAAAUAUUGCGCAAUUAUUUAUUAGAAUUUUAUUAUCACGUUAUCAGAUUUUAUAGAAAUGAAAAUGUAUCUGAAAAAGAAUUAAAUGUUCUAAUUGAUUUUUAUUUUUCAACUUUAAAUUUCAAAAAUCCUGAUGAUUACUCAAACUAAUUAUUUUUGUAUCUUAAAUCAGGAAAAUUAUUAUUGAAUUUACUCGAAUUAGAAAGUUAUAACAUUUCAAAAAUAGAAUAGUUACCAUCUUAUCUAGCCAACCUUGUAAAGCUAAGUUAUUUAAAAAAUGUAAAAAAUGAGGAAUGUUCAAAGUAUUACAUAGUGAAAAUAUUUGGGCAUCUUUUUAGAUCAUUUUAAUAAUUGGAUAAUUCUAUAGAUAUAUUGAUUAAUAUGGGAUUGAUCUAAGUUUUAAUAAGAUUAAUAAUUAAAGAAGGUUCUCAUGUAAGAACAUAAGGUUUAUUAAUUUUAAAAGAUAUUCUAGACUCAAUAAAUGAACUUGGAUAAUUAAUUAAUUUAAUAUAUUUGAAGUUUGAAAUUGAACAAAAGGAAAUAACAAUAAUUCAUUGGUUGAUUAAUUAUUUAAAAGAUUAAGAAUAGAAUCAUAUUAAAAUAAUGUUAGAUGUAAUUGACAUAAUUUUAUAAAGAGCAACAAUAGAUGAUAAAAUUAAGCUCAUUCAUCUAGGAUUAUUGGAAAGAUUAAUGGAUUUGAUUUAAAUGAAUGUCGAUGUAUAAAUUUAAAUUCAAGUCAUUAUUGUGUUAUAAACAUUCAUUUCAGAAGGAGCUGAUAUUCCAGCAGAAUUUUUAUAACUUAUAUUAUAGUCUUCAAUAUGUAAGACAUUAGAAUCCAUAAGUUAAAAAACAAAAAAUAAAAGUUUAUUUAUGUAAUUAGGGCAAUUCUUUACAAUAUUUGAAAAUAAUUUUAUGAAUUUGUUUACAUGA